AUCAAAUAAACUUUCUCUCUCCUAAAACUCCAACUCGCAUCUGCUCUUCAUCUCCUUCCUGUUCCCCCCCUCCUCCUCCCCUAACUUCCGACCGAUUGCCUCCUCCUCUUAAAAUCAUCCAACAAAACCACCUUCUAGUGGCUGUGUCACCACCUCUAGUCGGUGGCACGUCUGUCAUUGUGAAUUUCCGACCACCUCUCCUUCUCUGCAGCUGCUAUUCUCGGGGUUGACGACAGUUGUUUAUAUCGCUUGCAGAACGGGGGGUCACUCGAAUUGUUACAAUGAGCCGACCGUCUACUCGUAACAAGAAUAAACGCACUAGACCAGAGGAUGAGCUUGAUGCAAAAUCUGAAAUAUUGAGGAGGAUUAACUCAACGGGCCAAGUAUCAGAUGAUGAUUUAGCACAACUUUACAAUAUUAGAAAGACUAAUUGUCACGGGUGCCGUGUUAAUACGAAGGACAAUCCCAACUGUUUCUGUGGGCUGAUCCCACCAUCAAAUGGAAGUCGUAAAGCUGGAUUGUGGCAAAAGAUCUCAGAUGUAGUCAGUUCAUAUGGUCCUGAUCCAUCAAAUGAUCUCAGGUCUUCAGUUGAUUCCCCUGCGGGGUUGACAAACUUAGGCGCCACAUGUUACGCUAACAGCAUACUCCAAUUCCUUUACAUGAAUAGGGAUUUUCGUGAGGGUAUUUUUUCGGUUGAACCGCAUGUCCUUGAGCAGCAGCCUGUGUUGGAUCAGUUAGCACGCCUUUUUGCACAGUUGCAUGGAAGUAAGAUGGCUUUUAUUGACUCGGCACCUUUAAUAAAAGCCCUAGAGCUGGAUAAUGGUGUUCAGCAGGACAGCCAUGAGUUCCUCACUUUACUUUUGUCCUUGCUGGAACGAUGCCUAAGCCAUUCUGUGGUCUCUGAAGCAAAAACUAUUGUUCAAGACCUUUUUAGGGGAAGCAUGUCACAUGUUACCAGAUGUUCGAAAUGUGGGCAAACAUCUGAAGCUUCUUCGAAUGUAGAGGACUUUUAUGAACUGGAAUUGAAUGUGAAAGGCUUAAAGAGUUUAGAUGGAAGUUUAAGCGAUUACCUAAGCGAGGAAAAACUUGAAGGGGAUAAUCAAUAUCACUGUGAGUCAUGUGGGACAAGAGUUGAUGCUACACGCAGUAUUAAGUUGCGCACACUGCCAUCUGUAUUGAACUUUCAGCUUAAGCGAUGUGUCUUCCUCCAAAAGACAACAACAAAGAAGAAAAUCACUUCUGCAUUUUCUUUCCCUGAAGAGCUGGACAUGGGACAAAGGCUGUUUGAGCCCUCAGAAUCAGCUUUUAUUUAUGGCUUAUCUGCAGUACUGGUUCACAAGGGAACUGCUGUCAACAGUGGUCAUUAUGUGGCUCACAUCAAGGAUGAAAGCAGCGGGCAGUGGUGGGAGUUUGAUGAUGAACAUGUUUCAAAUUUGGGUUUCCAUCCUUUUGGUGAAGGGUCGUCGUGUUCAGUCUCCAAGACAAAUGGGAAUUCUAGCCCAGAAGUCAAGAAUUCUGUUUCGGAUGAAAAUCACAUUGAUGUUGACCAACGUGGGUCUACUAAUGCUAAAAGUCACGUGAAGAGUUAUUCUUCAUGUGAUGCAUAUAUGCUAAUGUAUACUCUUAGACCUAGAAAGGGUUAUCAGAAUGGGUUGAUGGUGUACAAUGGUACCGUUAAGAAAAUUUCUGGUGCUUCAGUUCCAAGUCAGAGCAGUCUUUCACUUCCACCUCAUCUUGCGGAAGAAAUAAAAGCACAAAAUAAUUUGUACCUUGAUUUGUGUGAAAAAUACAACUCCAGAAAGGAACAAGAGGUGAACACCAUCACAGAGCGAAGACAAGAAGUCCGUUCUAUUCUAUCUGAAGCACCCGUUCUUUCCCUUGAAGAACCGUAUUUCUGGAUAUCAAUGGAUUGGCUACGGCAAUGGGCUGACAAUGUGACUCCCUCUGCCAUAGACAACACCAAUAUCCAGUGCAUGCAUGGGAAAGUACCAGUUUCAAAUAUUGUUGCCAUGAAGCGGUUGUCGGCUAAAGCUUGGACCUUAUUGUGUUCCAAGUACAUUGGAGGUCCUUGUCUGGGCAAGGAUGACUAUUGCAUUGAUUGUUUAAUUGAUUCAGCAAGUGCAAUUGUUACUGCUGAUAGCUAUCGAGAUAGAAGGGCGUACAUGAAAGAAUUUGCGGAAGCUGCACUUGCAGGGAAUUGUCCGGAUGGUAAACAGUAUUACAUUUCCAAACCAUGGUUACAUCAGUGGUUGCGGAGGAAAGCUAGUGAUAACCCCUCUGAAGCAGAUACUGGGCCUACUUCUUCAAUAAGGUGCCCGCAUGGGCAACUCAUGCCUGAACAAGCUCCUGGUGCUAAGCGAGUAUUGGUUCCUGAGAGUCUCUGGAUUUUUUUGUAUGAAAAUUCCAAUUUGGUGAAACCAGAUGAUCAGCUGGGAUGUUCAACAUUUCCAUCAGAUGCAGAAACAUGUACAGAAUGUCGUUUGGAGCUCACUGAGGUUGCUUCUUGGGAGGACACUCUGAGAGAACUGAAGUUGAAACAGCGCCAGAACCAUGAGAAAUUGUCUCUUGGAAAGGGUGUUCCGCUUUCUUCUGAUUGCAAGUAUUACUUGUUGCCAUCUUCUUGGCUGUCAACGUGGAGAAGUUAUAUCAAUACAAGUGGCAAGAAUAGUUCUUCAACUGUUGAGCCUGAGCGGCUGGAUAGUGUCAUCAGUUCACUUAUAUGUCCCACACAUUCUCAAUUGCUGGAGAGGCCCUUGGGCUUGACAUGCAAACGUGGGGUGAUAAUGCAGAAGCUCCCUGCGACAGAAGGCCUGACGAUGGUGAGUGAAAGUGACUGGAAACAUUUUUGUGAAGAAUGGGAUGGAAGAGAAGAGAGUGGCAUACUGGCUGAGAUUUAUUUUAAGAACUCGGCUGAAGGAUUUUGCCAGGACAUGCCAAUUACAGAGGAGCAUAUGGACGAAGAUAAAAGUAAUGAGUUGGAGUCCAGAGAACCUGUGAUAAAGACUUCUCCUGAGAUAUGCGAAGAAUGCAUCGGAGAAAAAGAAAGUUGUGAGUUAAUGCGGAGGCUUAAUUAUAGCAAUGAAGACAUUUGGGUUUGCUUUGUACGUGGCAAGGAACCUCCAAAAUUUAUUUUAGAAGCUUCUGGGAACAAUUGUGAGGCUGAUCGUCGGACCUCCAAGCGUUCCAGAAAGACGGCCUUCGGAGAUUCCAAGGUUUUGAAAGUUUCAGGUUCUACGACAAUUUAUCAGUUAAAGAUGAUGAUCUGGGAAUCUUUCGGGGUGGUUAAAGAAAACCAGAUAAUUCAUAAAGGAUCCAGGGUGAUCGAUGGGGAAUCUGAUACUCUUGCCGAUUUCAACAUAUUCCCCGCGGACGUCCUAUGGAUGACUGAUUCAGAAAUCCAUGAGUAUCGUGACAUAGCUGAUGAACUUUCAGAGCAGAAGUUUGAAGUGCGAGAAGCUGAAGAAGGAUUUCGUGGAACACUGCUGACAUCCAAUUCCACAUCACAAGUUGUCUAAAUUGUACCUUUGUUAAUCGGCCUCUAAAUCCUUGUUUUGUUUAUGAGUUUUUCAAGGGGGGCUUUCAUUUUGGUUAAUCUCUUGGCUUUGUCUUCGAUUGUACUUCUGACAGGAAAUGAGGUCAAUAUGCAUGUUUUUAUUGCGAUGUAUGAGAAGAAAGGAAAGGCAAGGGGAUCGAUUUUGAUGUCAAGGAAUCCCUUGUGAUCCGGGUUUGCAAUUGCGAGUGUGGAUUUUAUUGUAUUUAUGUUGGUUUCUUCGUUCAUGGUUGAACGGAGCUGUAUAAUAGUUAUAUGUACAAAUUUACUAGGAUUCUUGCCAUACCCGUUGAUCAAUGAAGAGGCCUUUUGUUGUCUUCUCGAAAGUUGUUUGCCCAUUCCAGAUUUCCAGGUACAUCCUAUAGCUCAUUACUUUCUCGGGCUUUUUAUUUAAUCAAUUACCCGUAAGCGUGAACCUUUGACCUUGA